AUGUUUGAUCUUGCAGAGCUUGGUGAACCAAAGAAUGCCCAGGACCCGACCUUCACGUUCCUUGUAACACUGCUCUUCUCCAAAUUCGAUGGGACUCGUAAGGAUAACUUGGGCAGGUUCCCAAGUGUUAUGAGCAAGAAGAUAUGGAUCAUAGAACAAUUCAUUGAUGAUUUCAAGCUUCAUAUAGGCGAAGAUAUGUUUCCUUCUAGUAGAUUGAUAUUUCCUUCAAAAAGUCGACGGAAGUUCUUUAUCAGAGACGUAACAUUGGCAAGAAUUAUUAUCAAGGUCUUUAAUAUCCCAAAGAAUUCUCCAGAUUAUCUUGAACUAUAUCACUGGAAACAUAACUACCAUGAAAAGAAGCAAUAUCGAAGAGACCAACGUCAGGUCCGAAACUUGCCUUCUAUCAUUGCCAGAAUCAUUUCAAAUAGACGUUUAACUGUUGUUAAUGAUGAUAAUACUAGUGAUGGUGUUAAACCAUUACUAUACCCCAAACAGAGAGAAUCAGAAUACACCGUAACCCAAAUAAACCAAUUAUUGGACAACUUAGAAACUUGUUCAGGUCAAACAGAACAAAUUGAAAUCCUAAAACCUUAUUUAUAUGAAAUGUCAAUAGAGGAAAUCAGAUGGUUACUCACGAUUAUAUUGAGACAACCAAUAUUGCACCAUUUCAUCACUGCCUUCUUCAAUAAAUGGCACCCUCAAGCCAUGCUGUUGUUUCGAAUAUGCAAUGACCUUAAGAUAACGUUCCACACCUUGUAUAACUCUAGUGUGACUUUAUCUACUGAAGAUUUACUCCUCCAUCCCAUGUACCCCUUCCUUCCUCAAUUGUCUCACAAGUUGACGGUCAACUAUAAUGCUCUAUGUAUCAAGAUGCAUAAGAACUAUGAUAUGCCGCCCAAGCUACAGAAUAUCUUUGACCAACAAGGUGUAAAGGAGAAAUUUUACAUAGAAGAGAAAAUGGACGGAGAUCGCAUGCUCUUACACUAUAAGAAUGGUCAAUUCAAGUUUUACCUGAGAAGAUUAAAAGACUAUACUUUAUUAUAUGGUGAGAACUACGAGAUUGGAUCACUAACUAAGAAUUUGGUAGGAUUUGUUAAGCCGAAUGUUGAUUCAAUUGUCUUGGACGGUGAAAUGGUAGCAUGGGACUAUAAAAGAGAAAUCAUAUUGCCAUUUGGUACGUUAAAAUCGGCUGCAAUACAAGAAGCAGUGAAACAAUUCACCACUACUGAUCAAUAUGAUCAACAAUCUUCAUACCCAUUCUUCCUUGCAUUUGAUAUUCUCCAUAUCAAUGGCCAUGAUUUAUGUAGUAGUCCAUUGUUCUAUCGGAGGUACCUUUUAAACAAUCUAAUUGUACCCAAACCCCAUAGACUAGAAAUCUUGCCGGCUCAUUUAGGGGGGACUCCUGAUGAUAUACGACAAGCUAUUAGAGAAGUUAUCUCCAAACAGGGAGAGGGGGUUAUGAUAAAACACGUUCAACUGAAGUACCAUAUUGAAACUAGAAGUGACAAUUGGAUUAAAGUGAAACCAGAAUACUUGGAACAGUUUGGUGAAAACUUGGACCUUGUGGUCAUAGGUAAAGAACCUCAAAUUAAACCAACUUAUGCUUGUGGCUUAUUGGAUACUGAAACAGGGAUCUUCAAAUCCUUCUGUUCUGUUGCAAAUGGGUUCACAGAUAAGGAAUUCAGUCUAAUAGAUCAACUAACCCAUGGGAAAUGGCAUAAAUUUAACAAGGACCCUCCACCUAAUGAUGUAUUGGAGUUUGGUACUAGAAAACCCAAUUUCUGGAUUAAUCCUAAAGAAUCAAUUGUUUUAGAAAUUAAAGCCAGAUCUAUAAAUCUGUCUCCUACGUCUCUGUAUGCUGUGGGGACUACUUUACACAAUCUUUGGUGUCGAAGUAUUCGUGAAGAUAAAUCAAUUGAUGAUUGUAUCACUUUACAAGACUAUUUGGAGGUUAAAGAACACUAUUCUAAGGAGUUUUCCAAGGCUCAAACAGUCAACAGGAAAAGAAGAGGUUUAGGUGAACAGCUUUCUUUUGAAGAGAGCAGAGAAAGACGACGGAAAAUUAAUGUUGAAUCCAAAUUGUUCUCUAAGUUCUGCUUUAUUGUUCUUAGUGAUAAGUUUGAUGAGAUUACAGGAGAAAGAACAAGUGUUGGUUCGUUGUGUGACUUAAUCAAAAGAUUUGGAGGUCUGUUGGUUCAACUGCCUCCAACCCCGACGAAAUUGUUGGAAAGACAUCAACAAUUGAUUGUAAUAACAGAAAGACUAACUCCUAAUGGGUCUAUUUACGUCAACAGUGGGAUUGAUUUAAUCCUACCUAAAUGGAUCUUUGAAUGCAUAUAUCGGGAUUCCAUUAUUCCAUUAGAAGAUGAAUUUAUAUUUCAAAGUUGCAAUAACCAUGAUUUUUCAGAUAAAACGGAUCUAUGGGGAGAUUCUUGGAUAGUUCCAUCGAAUAUCGAGAUGCUUGAAGUACCUAAAAUGGAACUAGCUGUUGAAGAAAGGGAGACCAAAGAGUUUAUAAAUGAUUUGGCAAUACAGGAAUCGGAUCAACCAAUGGCCUUCCUCUUUCAAGGCAUCAAGUUUCUCAUUCUUGCUAAUGAUGAAUAUGGAUUUCUUGAGGAUAGAGUCAAGCGAUUUGGAGGAAAUAUCGUAGACAAUUGGCCUUCAGCAUCGUAUAUUAUUUCAGAUGUACGACCUCUGGAGGUACUUGGUGAAGUCGCACAUAACUUGCAAUGGACCGAGAAUGAUCUAACAUUUAUUCCCAAUACAGUGACCCCUGCAUUUGUUGAUGAAUGUAUCAAGUACAAUUACUUGGCCGAUGCAACAGACUUUAAACCAGUGGAGGCGAGAUGA